AUGGAGUGGUUCAAGAACAUUUACGAAUGGCUCUUGUCGCUGUUCUGGUCCACGGAGCUGGACAUUACGCUUCUGGGUCUCCAGAACGCCGGCAAAACGUCGCUUCUCAAGGCCAUCUGUGGUUCAGAUUUCACUCCAGACUCGAUACCCACUGUGGGGUUUGCUAUGAAGCGGGUCAAGGUGGGCCGCGUGACGCUCAAGUGCUGGGAUCUGGGCGGCCAGCCGCGAUUCAGAAGCAUGUGGGAGCGAUACUGCCGGGGAGUCAACGCGGUGGUGUUCAUCCUGGACUCUGCGGACCCGUCGACGUUCGAUACCGCCAAAACAGAGCUGCAUUCACUGCUGGAAAAGGAAAGCAUGGAGGGAAUUCCGCUGUUGGUGCUGGGCAACAAGAACGACAUUGCCGACGCAAUUCCGGUAGACAAGGUGAUCCAGACGCUGGGACUCAAGGAAAUCACCGACCGCGAGGUCUCGUGCUACUCCAUUUCCGUCAAGGAGGCCAACAAUCUGAGCGCCGUGCUAAAGUGGCUCAUUGCCAACAGAAAGACCUAA